UCUGGACUUCUCCACCUUCCUGAGCAUCAUGCACCGGCAGCUCCAGCAGGAGGCGCCGGAGCAGGAGAUCCUGGAGGCCCUGAAGAUGGCCGACAAGGAGCACAAAGGCUUCGUCCUGGCCACUGAGCUGCGAGCGACACUCACCGGGCUCGGAGAGAAACUGACGAACAGAGAAGUGGACGAGCUGCUGAAGGAGGCGGGUGUUGGGGCAGAUGGGCGGGUCCAUUGUGAACAGUUUGCUAAAGCGGUGACGCGCUCGUCUGCAAAACACUGACGUCGCCGCCCACAUCAUCGCUGCGGUGACGACCUUCUCCUGUUAGAGGUCAUCCGUCAUUGGACGUUAAUCUGGUACACGAGGCUCCGUCCAUUCAAUUAGUGUGAUCGUGCUCAGGCUGAGGUUGAGCGCCCUCUGCUGGCUCACAAGGCAAACUUUACACAGUAGACGUAUAUUU